GUGUCACUGGGGUGUCACCUGGGUGUCCCCGUGUCACAAAGUGUCCCUUUUUGUCCCUUUUUGUCCCUUUUUGUCCCUUUGUGCCCCGUUUUGGCAGGACUUUGGAUGGGCAGAGCCCCCCCCGGCCAUGGGGCAGAGCGAGUCGGAGCCACAGGACGAGGCCGAGGACGGGCCCCUGAGGGCGGUGCUGCCGCGGUUCUUGACCGACCGACUCCCGACCAGCGCGGUGCUGGGGGCCAUCCUGGGCCUCGGCCUCACCGUCGUCGUCGUCGUCACGGCCGUCGUGGCCCUGCUGCACCGGCUGCGCCUUAAGGAGGUGCCCACCCAGGAGACCCCCCGGUACCGCUUCCGCAAGAGGGACAAGAUGCUCUUCUACGGCCGCAAGAUCAUGCGCAAGGUGUCCCAGUCCACGUCGUCCCUGGUGGACACCACCAUCUCCAGCACCUCCCGGCCCCGCAUGAAGAAGAAGCUGAAGAUGCUCAACAUCGCCAAGAAGCUGCUGCGCAUCCGGAAGGAGCAGCCGACGCUGCAGCUGAAGGAGCCGCCGCCGGCGGUGCUGGAGGCCGACCUGACCGAGUUCGACGUGGCCAAUUCCCACCUGCCCUCCGAGGUCCUCUACAUGCUCAAGAACGUCCGGGUGCUGGGGCACUUUGAGAAGCCGCUGUUCCUGGAGCUGUGCAAGCACAUGGUGUUCCAGCAGUGCCAGCAGGGCGAGUACGUGUUCCGGCCCGGCCAGCCCGACACCAGCAUCUACGUCCUGCAGGACGGCAAACUGGAGCUGCUGCUCACCGAGCCGGACGGGAAGGAGACGGUGAUGAAGGAGGUGUUCCCUGGGGACAGUGUCCACAGCCUGCUCAGCAUCCUCGAUGUCAUCACGGGCCACCAGCGGCCGUACCGCACAGUGUGCGCCCGCGCCGCCGAGGACUCCACCAUCCUGCGCCUGCCGGUCGAGGCCUUCUCCGCCAUCUUCGAGAAGUACCCCGAGAGCUUGGUGCGGGUGGUGCAGAUCAUCAUGGUGCGACUGCAGCGCGUCACCUUCCUGGCCCUGCACAACUACCUGGGCUUGACCAACGAGCUCUUCAGCCACGACAUGCAGCCCCUGAGGCUCUUCCCCCAGCCCGGCCACCCCGCCCGCACCAGCCCCGUCCGGCACAGCAAGAGGGGCCUGGGCAGCGCCGAGGAGGGCCGGGAGCAGGCCGAGCUGCUGAAAAGUGUGGGAUUGGAGACCCCGGUGCCGCCGCCGCCGCCCCUGAGCCGCUGCAUCUCCAUGCCCGUGGAUAUCUCUG